CUGCGCUGCGCUGCAGUCGUCAAGAAAUCAAAUCACUGCAAGAGCACUCAUCAACCACUGUCACUCCUCAACUGCAGUCCUUCUGGCUCACCAGAUACUUGUCUUCUUUCCACACUCUAGCCGCUCGAUCAGACGAACCCAUCGGUCUCUUUGGCGCAGUACGCCACAAACCCUCAAUCCUCUUGCCAUCUCCGUCCUCCCUUCUCUCCAUAAUCUAGAAUGGACCGUUUCAACCGCAUGCUCGCAGCCGCCUCGGGCAUGGGAAUGCCUGGCGCCGCGCCCGGCCAGGACACCAACCUCGUCGACAACUCCGAGACUGUGUACAUUUCCUCGCUCGCCCUGCUCAAGAUGCUACGGCAUGGGCGCGCCGGUGUGCCGAUGGAGGUAAUGGGUCUUAUGUUGGGCGAAUUCGUCGAUGAUUUCACCGUACGGGUUGUCGAUGUCUUUGCCAUGCCGCAGUCAGGAACAUCGGUCUCUGUCGAAUCCGUCGACCCCGUCUUCCAGACCAAGAUGAUGGACAUGCUGCGCCAGACAGGGCGGCCAGAGACCGUCGUCGGCUGGUACCAUUCUCACCCGGGCUUUGGAUGCUGGCUCUCGAGCGUCGACAUCAACACGCAACAGUCUUUCGAGCAACUCACACCCCGCGCCGUCGCCGUCGUCGUAGACCCGAUACAGUCCGUCAAGGGCAAGGUCGUGAUCGAUGCCUUCCGGCUUAUCAAUCCGCAGACAAUGAUGAUGGGACAAGAGCCGCGCCAAACUACGUCGAACUUGGGACACCUCAACAAGCCAUCAAUUCAAGCGCUCAUUCACGGGUUGAACAGACAUUACUACAGCAUAGGCAUCCAAUAUCGCAAGACGGGGUUGGAAGAGAAUAUGUUGAUGAAUUUGCACAAGGAGCCGUGGACCGAGGGCCUGGAACUGCCUCAUAGCUUUGGUGGUGAGCGGAAACGGAAUGAGGAAGGUCUGAAACAGCUUGUUCAUCUUGCCGAGGGCUAUGAGCGCAGAGUCAGGGAAGAGAAUGAGUUGACGCCCGAGCAGCUGAAGACACGAUAUGUCGGCAAGGUAGAUCCGAAGAAGCACAUUGAGGACGUGGGCCAGCGGUUGAUCGAAGACAACAUUGUAGCUGUGUCGAGACAAGCCAUUGACAAGGAAGCCAGUGUAGCGAAAAAGGCACUCCAAGCAAACGGCCAUGGGCAGUCGAACGGUGGAGACGGUCUCAUGGAUGUGGACGAGGAGCUAUGAGUCAGGACGCGGAGGUGUCGACUGGGCUCAAAUGUGUAACUUGUAUCUACAGAUAUCAUGGCAUGCAUGGCGUUUGGCUGCAUAGAAGGGCUAACCACGGCUGGGAUCUGCCUGCAGAUAUUGCAUGGGCUGCACUGCACGCAAAGUAGUGAAUCCGAGAGGCAAAUACUUUGAAAAUACGUAUGUUCGGCAAACA